ACUUCUUCUUGCUGUGCUUUCAUCAACUAUUUUGCCGUGUCUUUUUCAUAUCUUAAUAUAUUCGAGACAAUAUAAAAGAAGCAUCUGUUUCAAAUACAUCGUCACCUUCAUCAUUAUUGCUUCCACCAUGUCUGCAUAUGAAGAACGUCCCCUGUCCCCCAGGGACUCGGAGUCGGGUUACGCCAGUGGCAGUUCGAGCGAGGCAUCCAUCACUGAAGUCUUCUUCACCAAGCCUCACUUGAAGCACCUGAAUCAGCAACUUCAGAAGCUGGAACCAGAGGAUAUUCUGAAAUGGUGCAUCGUCUCGCUGCCAUCACUUUAUCAAACGACGGCAUUUGGUCUGACCGGUCUCGUCACGGUGGAUAUGCUUGCUCGUCUCAAAGAUUCCAUGUCGACUCAAGUCGAUCUCAUCUUCCUCGAUACCCUUCACCACUUCAAGGAGACGAUGUCUUUGGUAGACAAGGUCCAGAAGCGCUACCCUCAGGUCAACUUGCACGUGUACAAGCCCCAAGGAGCCGAUAACACCGAAGAAUUUGUCCGAAAGUACGGUGAAAAGCUGUGGGAGACCAACGAAGAACUGUACGACUGGGUUGCCAAGGUGGAGCCAGCACAGCGUGCUUACUCUGAACUCCAGGUCAAGGCAGUCUUGACUGGCAGAAGAAAGAGUCAGGGUGGAAAGCGUGGAGAUUUGGACAUUAUCGAGGUCGAUGAGGCCGGUUUGAUCAAGAUCAACCCCCUCGCCAACUGGAACUUUGGCCAGGUGCAAGACUACAUUAAGCGGAACAACGUUCCGUACAAUGAGCUGCUCGAUCGGGGAUAUAAGAGCGUUGGAGAUUGGCACUCUACGCAACCAAUCAAGGAAGGAGAGGACGAACGUGCCGGCCGAUGGAAGGGACGAGCCAAGACUGAAUGCGGUAUCCACAACUCUCGCUCGAAAUACGCUCAGUUUCUUCGCGAGCAGGAGUUAAAGAUGCAAGAAGAAGCCCUGCGACAAGCAGUGGAGACCGGACUCAAAGUCGAGGCCUAAAACGUUCUUUUCAUGCAGCAUUUUGUUUAUUUUCGUUUUUUCCUUUGUUCUUUUAUCCAUUGGGUGAUAUCAUAUCGGCAUGGCUAUAGGCGUUUAGGAGGUUUCCAGCAUUUUGUGCAAGGCGCUUUACACCUGGAGGUUCUGAAAGUUUUGAAGAAUUGGCACCAAUAUUUAAAGGAUAGACUCUUGGAAGAGAUCAAAUUACAAUUUAUUCAAUCCGAUUUGCCUGUAAU